GCGCCCCGCGGGAGGUCUCUGCUGGCUGCGCGCCCGCCGCGCCCGCGCCGGCCUCCGUGGCCGUGGGGCCAGCGGCGGCCGCCGCCAUGGCGACAGAUGACGAGGACGCCGCGCUGGACGCGGCGCUGGGCGGCCAGCUGGUCUCCGGGGGCGCGCGUGGCGGCGACGGCACCGCGGUCAGGCCCGCGCCCGCCGCCCCGGACAAGGAGCCCCCCUUCGUCCUGGAGUACAAGUUCGUGGUCCACCCCUCGCUGGUAGACGUCGACGGGCGCCAACUCAGCGAGGGCGGCGAACCGCACUGGGAGGCCAUCGAGAACCGGCGCGUGGAGCUGCCGAGGCUGCCCGGCCUGCUCUGGAUCGUCUCGGACACGGGCUACGACGUGGAGGGCCGCGAGCUCCCUGAUCCGCUGCCCGCCGGGGACCGUGCGGAGCCGGCGCACCUGGGGGCGGAUCUGGUCCCACCCGUCCCGAGGCUCAUGCAGCUGGGGCCACGUCGCGGCGUCGCCGACAGCGGCCCGCACUCCUAA